AAAAGCCGCACUAACCCAAAAUGGCCCACGUUGAUUGACACGUCAAAGCACGUGCGUUGCAGACACGCGUGGAUGUUUUUCCACAUCUCUAAUAUAGUCACCUUUUUCAUGUCCUGUGGAAUGAAAUGUCACGUCAGAGCACCUCCCCUAACCUGAGUGAAGGGUACCCAGUGACAAACCUCACCCUGGUGGUCCUCCUGCUCAUCCCGGCUGUUGUCCUCCUGCUGCUCCUCAACUGCGUCUUCCUGGGCUACAAGCUCUUCCUGCUGUCCAAGAGGGGCCGGGAGACCACCGAGGACUUCCCGCUGAAAAGAGCCCGCAGGAGCUCGUCGCCCGACGUGGAGGUCUUCCCCACGCGGAUGGCGUACAUGUCACUGUCCGAGCCCGCCUUGCCUCACCCGGUGACCUCCUCCAGGGCUUCGUCGAGGGUCGGAGGGGAGCACAGGAUACGGCUUCUGAUGCCGGAUGGGGCUACCGGGUCAGGGUCCUGGAGGGCGCCGAGUAGCAUCCGGGCAUCCGGGGCGGGGAGACCCGACCUGGCCUCCGGGUCACGGACGCGAUGCAUCGACACGGCCGGGUGGCGUCACAGUGCGCCGGUGUUGCCCACGCAGUCCAGUGACUCGGAAGCCGGGGUCAGGCUGCACCUGGUUCCGCCCAACUCCCCCACGGAAAUUGGGCAUGUGGUUCAAGUCCAUCGCAGCAGCAGUGCCUACGAGUUGCUGAACGAGUGGAGCCCAGGCGAUGUGAACUUUGACAAAGUGGACAUGGAGUGCGAGUACAACAACCCAUCCUCAGAGGGAUCCUGCGUCAACACAUCUGCGGUGCAAGGUUCCGGCCUGGAUAGUGACUUUGGUGCCAGCGCAGGUGUGUCCCUGCGAAUUCUGUCAGCAGACAGCGACGGUUUGUCCAAUGGCGUGGUGUCGGCAUUGGAGUGGGACUAUUACGACCCCUGCUACGUCAGACAAAACAACGUGUCCAAACAUAAACACCAUCGACCCGCCAUGCACACAAAACAGUACUGGGUGUAAACAAAAAUAAAUAACCCAGCUUUCA